GGGGCAGCCGCGGGGGCCUGGCGGCGGCGGCGGGGGGCGGGGCGCAGGGCGGGCGGUGUCUCUCAGCUGCGGAGCGGGCGGGCGCCGCCGCGAUGUCGCUCUUCGGCGCCGGCCCCAACGCCUUCGAGCAGGACGUGGAAAAGGCUACCAAUGAAUAUAACACCACUGAGGACUGGGGUCUUAUUAUGGAUAUAUGUGACAAAGUUGGAAGUACUCCUAAUGGAGCAAAAGAUUGCCUUAAAGCCAUUAUGAAGAGAGUGAAUCAUAAAGUUCCCCAUGUGGCUUUGCAAGCACUUACACUUUUAGGAGCCUGUGUAUCAAACUGUGGAAAAAUAUUUCACUUAGAAGUAUGUUCUCGUGAUUUUGCUAGUGAAGCUCGCAGUAUAAUAAAUAAGGCUCAUCCAAAAGUAUGUGAAAAGCUAAAAACUCUAAUGGUGGAGUGGUCAGAAGAAUUUCAGAAAGAUCCACAAUGUAGCUUAUUAUCUGCAACUAUUAAAUCUCUGAAAGAAGAAGGUGUAACUUUUCCUGCCGCUGGAUCACAGGCUGCCACAAAUGCUGCUAAAAAUGGUGCAUCAUCAAGUAAAAGCAAAGAAGAUGAAGAUAUAGCUAAAGCUAUUGAAUUGUCUUUGCAAGAGCAGAAACAGCAACAAAUGGAAACUAAAUCCUUGUACCCAUCCGCAGAAAUUCAGCAAAACAAUCAGAACUCGAGGAAGGUGCGAGCUCUGUAUGACUUUGAAGCUGUCGAGGACAAUGAGCUCACCUUUAAAAGUGGAGAAAUUAUUUUUGUUUUGGAUGACAGUGACACCAAUUGGUGGAAAGGUGAAAAUCAUAGAGGAGUAGGACUGUUUCCAUCCAAUUUUGUAACUUCUGACUUAAGUGUGGAACCUGAGACAGUAACUGUGGAUAAAAGUUCUGUUACUGAGGAUGCUACGGAAGAAAUAAAGAAAGCAGAACCUGAACCAGUUUAUAUAGAUGAGGAUAAGAUGGAUAAAACACUGCAGGUACUUCAGAGUAUAGAUCCUACAGAUUUAAAGCUUGAUUCUCCAGAUCUUCUAGACUCAGAAGAUAUUUGUCAACAGAUGGGUCCAAUGAUAGAUGAAAAACUAGAAGAAAUAGAUAGAAAACAUUCAGAAUUAUCUGAAUUGAAUGUGAAAGUUCUAGAAGCGUUGGAGCUGUAUAACAAACUGAUGAAUGAAACGCCGAUAUAUUCAGCCUACUCGAAGCUCCACCAUCCUGCACAAUAUCCACCUACGUCUGCUGGUGUUUCAGUGCAGUCAUAUCCUGUACAGCCACCUAGUGGAAACUACAUGAUGCAAGGGCUUCACCAAGUCACCGUUUCCCAGGGUUAUAGCCUAGGGCCUGACCAGAUGGGCCAGUUGAGGUCCCUGCCUCAGAGUAUAAAUUCUCCUGGAGCAACUCAGCCUGCUCAAGCUGCAUAUUUAAGCCCAGGACCAGAUUCUGUGUUAAGCCAGACUUACGUGAACCAGAACGCUGGCCUUCAGUCAGCUGCCAGCACAGCUGCUUACCCCCAGCAGAUGGGAAUGGCCGUGGAUAUGGCGGCUUACCAGAACAGUACGUCGAGUUUGCCUCAAGCACCAGCUUACCCUGUGGCAGUUCCUGCUCAUUCUGUUCUACAGCAGCAAGCAAAUUACCCUCAACAGCCCCUUCUUUAAAAGCAAACUGGGCUCAUAUUUCUAAAACAGUGCAUAAACGUUGCUGAAUGUAAUGAUUUUUAUGAAUACCUGUUACUGAUAUCAAAAUACAUUUUUGUUUUAAAUAACUCAACUUAGUGCAUUAGGGUGAUGCAGAGUAAAAAUAUACAUCAUGUUUGAUUGUUAAGCAUUUGCUUAAAGACAGCUUGAAUUAGAUUAGCUAAUGGUUUAAAAUAAUUUCAGCUGACUUUAAGCCCUUAUUUUAGUGGCGUCUGUCAACGAGCACACAUAGUUUCAUGAAACACCACCUGUAAAUCUAAAUUUAAGUAAAAGAUUGACCAAAAUCACAAUGAUUUCCUUUUAAAUGUGUUUCUGGAAACUUGAGGAUGCUUAAUCAUUGUUAAGCAUUGCUCUAGAUAAGCGUUGCUUCCUCUGGUAUCUCACUAUAAUCUCACUAUUGCCAGUGCUUUAGAGAAUCUCUGCUGGUUCAGACAGCUUCCUUGUCCCUCUCCUCCUGUAGUGAGCUUUACAAUAUGGUAUGCGCUGCGUAACUGGAACAACUGCAUGAGCAAGCAGAUGAGAGCUGGAAGAGAAAAUGAUUUGAUAUUGUAACAGUGAGGACCAUGUACCUACAGAAAUAUAACAAAUGAUUUUUACAUUGCUGCCUGUUGAAUUUGGGGGGGCGGGGGGGAAACAACAGGUAACUUCUGUUGUGUUUCUCUUGAAAGAAACCAGAGAGCUCCAGCUCAAAGCCCCCCUGUUCCCUGGUUGGCAGAGGUGGCAUUGCAAGCACAAGUUUCCUUUGCAAGAACAGGCCAGGGAGAUGAUCCUAGCUGACUGUGUGGGCACUCUGUGGAUGCAAGGUGCUGAGCCCAAAAUUUGUACAGAAUCUCUUUUCCUUUUGUGAUGUAUUUAGAAGUGAAGGAGUAUUCUGGUUCCUUGUGGUAAAGGAGGGGCUCAGGAAUGUCUGAAACUUAAGACUGUGAGAAUCUGCCUUGUUCCCUUCCAAAUGGGGGCAAAGUGGAGCAAAAAUCACAUUUAUGGGACCAGGGAAUUCUUGCCUCUUCUGGAUUUCCUUUCUUUGCCACCAUUUACAUGGCUGAAUACUGACUACAGUCAGAGGAAGAACUCUCAAACCUUUUGAAGAAGGUGUCUUUAACUCGCAGUAUGUAUAGACAGAGCAAGUGCUUUACCAGUGGGACUCUGUUCCUUCCUCAUUUAAUGUAGGGAAUGGUUGCAUAUUUAAAGUGACAGCUGCGUCUUUAAAAAACGAAUCGCCUUGGAACUGAAACCGUAGCAUUUGGUGGAUAAGAAAAGAAAUCUAAGACUUUCUUCCCUGAUGCACUUUUUUUAAUGGGUGUGUGAGUGAGUGGUGUUGAUUGGUUUGUUUGUUUUUUGUGGGGUUUUUGUUGUUUGGGGGGGGAGAAGAGUAGAUGAGCUGAAGUCUAUUUCAGGAAUAUGGGAUUUCUUACUCUUUCAACCUCUGGAAGAAUCACUUAAUUCUCCUCCAAUUUACCUACUCACUUUAGCAUAGUCAUAUUUAUACAUAUUUUAACUGUUAUGAUGAAUAAUCUUUAGACUGGGAAAAUAAUGGGAGAAAAUUACUGAUUUAAAUCUUGAUUAAAUCCAUGAAACUCCAAAAAUCUCUAAAUAAGAGUGUUUGGUGUAUGAUUUUUCUAACAAAUUAGAACAGUUGUGUUGUAGACUGAGUAAUAAAAAUUACCCUUCACUCAGUACCACCUCCAUUUCUUUCACAUUUUAUUAAAUUAUUUAGUAUCAUGACCUUAUUCAUUUGCAGAUUUAUGCUUAUGCAAUAAGGUACCUGCUCUUUGAAUCAUUUUGUAUUUAAACUUGUGCAAUUGGAAGGAAGCUUUUGUCUUUCCUUUUGACAUGACUUUAAUUUGUCUUUAUCCUUCCCCUGAAGUAGCUUAGUAUAAAUAACAUGUUGCAAUACUGAAAUGUUUUGAUAACUUGUUUCUUGUGUUCUUUAAGAAGAAGAAUUAAUUUCAAUGCUGCUGUUCAAAAUUCUUAUUGUUUGGAAUUUUUUUUAAGAGUUUACUUUGUCCAAAUUGGUAUGUAAUCCAACUAAAUCUUGCUAUCAUUUAUGUAGAGUAUCCAUGUUUGUUUAGUAAUUUAGUAUUUUUAUUGGAUUCAAAGAUUUGAUCCAACAGAAAUAUUGAGCAGUUCCUUACAUUGAGGUAGCUAGGCAGAUGUGAUUUGAUUUAGUUAACUUUAUGAAAUAUAAAUAAUGUAUAUACUCAUUUGUCUGAGAUUUUCUACACAGCUACGUAUAAGCAUACUGUUAAUGCCUGAAAUUUUAUAAAAGCAGGAUUUGCCAUUCUGUCAUCUCUUAUAUUCUUUAUUCUGUGAUAUGCAACUUGUAGAUAGUGUAAAAUAAUUUAAUUAUUAUUAAAAUUGUGUAUUUAGAGGGUUUUGGUGUUAAUAGAAUCUGUUUUUUUUCUCUUCGUACUUCUAUACAUUAUCAUAUUUAUUUUUAAGGCCUGAUUGUAACUGAACAUGCUGCCAAAGGAUUUAUCUAACUUCAGAUUUCUACAUUAGGUUUAUACCUACUGUUUUAUAUCAGGAAUCAAUGGUAGAUAACUUCUGCUUUUUCAUAUAAACUCUUAUUGUUUAACAUAGAAAUUUGUGCAACUUUAUAAUGAGAAUUUUAUUGUAAUAUAUUUGUUUCAUGGAUGUUGAAAAUAUCAAUACUAGAUAAAUUUUCUUCUAGUAUGAGUUUGCAACCUAUUAUGUCUAAGUUAUAGUCAGCUGAAAGCAAAAAUUUAAUUCAUCUUCAGGAUCACCAUGCAGAGAUGUGUUUUGGGAGAUCUUAAUAUUUCAUAUAGCCUUGAUGUGACACAUGCAUUGUCUAUUUAAUUUGUUAUAGAGAUUACAAUAUUAAAAAAUAAAAUGGGUUCUGUAACAGGUAAACCUUAAAAUAAUGUUAUAUGUUCAUUUUAUUUUAGCUUUUCUUCAUAAAUGUUGACUUGUGGAAUAGUGUAAUCCUUUUGAAGGCUGUCCUUUAGAAAGCAGAGCUGAGGGGGGCAUGACUGCAGCUGCAAUCUCUUACGUUAUUUUCUGAUAGGAAGAUUUUUUUCUUGUUUUUAUCUAUGCAUCUUUUGUAAGAAAUAAUAGGCACUACUUUUGCUUAAACCAAGCACUGUGAUUUAUCUGUUGAAUGAGUAACUUUUUAGAAUUUGUGGCUCUUACCAGUUAAAUUUUACAGGAAGCUCACUAAAACUGUUUUGAAUUGGAAAAGAUGAAAAAUGAAGGAAAGAGAAAUGGGGCAAGUUCUGAGCACUUCUGAAUUUUCCUAGCUCUGUUAGCUUCACUGGAAUUGUAAUAUCUGCCAGUCUACUAGCUAGUGAUCUAGCCCCCAAAGUACACUAUGCCUGAACUUAAAUUCAGAUUAAUGUUCCACUCCUAUUUUGUGUGGGGUUUGAGUUGAAAAUGUAUUGGUUAACAGAUGUAUUGCAGUUCUUACAGAAAAUCAUCCUAAAGAGUUUGCAGCCUUAAGAAUAAGGGAUCUGUUUUAUUGGAAUAUCCAUUUGGCCUCUUGUCUGCAAUGUGUGUGCAUUGCUUUGUGUGAAUAAAACAAAUUUGUUUAACAACA